GUUUGACAUCGAGCCAAGAGCUUGGAUAUAUAGUAGCCUUACCCUGACCGCUUCGUCGAUGUAGUACAGCACCAGCAUCGACAUAUUUUCGAGGCUAUACUCACUGCCGCCAUGUUCGGUCUCGGCGGCGAUGAUAGAUAUUUUGGCCUUCGAGGAGGAUGGCUGACGUUCUGGGUCACUGUGGCCUGCGGAACGGAUAUGACACUGUUUGGCUACGAUCAAGGCGUCUUCGGUGGAGUCGUGGUCACUGAAGACUUCCUCCAGACUCUCGAUCUCGAAGGGAACAGCUCACUCCUUGGAACCGUCACCGCCAUCUACGAUAUCGGGUGCUUCUUUGGUGCCAUUUUGGCAUACUUCAUUGGCGACUUGAUAGGUCGAAAGAAGACCAUUCUGCUUGGAACGACCAUCAUGAGUAUCGGUGCUAUUUUGCAAAUCACAGCUUACGGAGUUCCUCAGAUGAUCGUCGGACGAAUCGUCGGUGGCAUUGGAAAUGGUCUCAACACAUCGACCGCUCCUCCCUGGCAAGCCGAAACCUCCAAAGCAGCCUGGCGCGGCAAACUCAUCGUCAUCGAACUCAUCCUCAACAUCGCCGGCUUCUCCCUCUCGAACUGGGUGACCUUCGGUUUCUCCUACGCCGGAGGCGCAAUCGCUUGGCGCGUCCCUCUCGCCCUGCAAUUCAUCUUCAUCGCAACCCUCUUCGCCACAGUUCCCUGGCUCCCAGAAUCUCCCCGCUGGCUUGUGCAGAAAGACCGUCACGAAGAAGCCGAACAAAUUCUGGCGGACAUUGAAGGAACAGAAAUCGAAGAUCCCUACGUCCAAACCGAACUUGCAGAUAUCAAAUUCUCAACCCAAUAUGAACGUGAUCAUGCCGUUCGAAUCCGCGAUCUCGUGAGAGGCAAGAAAGGGGAAAAUGCUGGAACAUGCACCCUUCGCCGUCUCAUCUUGGGAAUGCUUGCACAGGCAGUGCAACAGCUGUCUGGAAUUAACGUCACUUCGUACUACCUUCCAACCGUCCUCAUCACCUCCGUCGGGUUCGACAACCGUAUGGCCCGCCUGCUAGCCGCAGUCAACAGCGUCUCAUACCUCCUCUUCUCCCUCAUAGGAAUCCCCAACGUCGAACGCUGGGGCCGCCGCAAAAUGCUCAUGUACGCAGCCGCAGGACAAUGUUUCUGCUACAUGAUCAUAACCAUCCUUCUCCGCUACGCAGCUAUGCCAGGAUACGGUUCUCAAAAGGAAGUCGCGAGCGCUAGUGUAGCUUUCUUCUUCCUCUACUACGUCUUCUUCGGCAUCGGCAUGCAAGGCGUCCCCUGGCUGUACCCCGCCGAAAUCAACUCCCUCUCCAUGCGCUCCAAAGGCGCCGCGCUCGGCACCGCCACGAACUGGAUUUUCAACUUCAUGGUCGUAGAAAUCACACCCAUCGGCAUCGACACUCUCGGCUGGAAAUUCUACAUCAUCUGGACCGUCCUGAAUUUCUCUUUCGUCCCCAUCGUCUACCUUUUCUUUCCGGAAACUGCGGGCAGGACGCUGGAGGAUAUCGAUGAGUAUUUCCGCACGCAUAACCAGAAAAAUUCGCCAUGGAGUGUUUCGCAUGAACGGGGUGAUGCCCGACUAGCCACUCACCUCUGA